AGAGAAAAAGAGAGACAACCCAAGAGAAUGCAUGGCAGAUACGUUUAUAACUAUUUCUACACAUACUUUUGGUUGGCAGCCUCUGAAGGGAAAAAAACUGUGUCUGGUGGUGUGGAGCACCUGCCUGUAAACCAGGAUUUCCUGGUUCCCUUCUCAUCUGCUCCUCAAUGAAUGAGUUCACAGACAAACCAGAAAUACAAGAACACAGCUCAGGAAAGAGCGUUGUACAAAUAGAAUUGGAUAUGAGUUUUGUACAAGGACGUCUUCCGUACCAGUGAAGUGCAGCUGAUGCUCUUGGAGCUUAAGAGGGCACUUUCAGCAAGCCAGAUUUAAAGGAAGAUCCCAAGAGUCCUGGCUCCUGUACCCUGCUUUUAUAACCUGCACUGCACUAUCACUGAUUUAACAGAGUCCUGAAUCCAUUGGAGGAAGAUACAGCUCUGGAAAGAAGCUCAGGGAACUGGAUGAUGCUUCUUUGUCUCUGAGAAGGUGAAUUUCAGAAAAGGCUUAGCUGGUGUCUGGCUUUUAGCCAAAUAACAGGAUAACAGAAGUGUGGAAAAUUGAGAUGUGUUCAUUAGAGCAGUCUCAAAUGGAGCCUCCUCGGGCUGCACGAUGGAUUUACUACAGACUGAACCUAAAGAUGCAGUUAAAGCACUGAAGAAGAAGCUUUCAAAAAACUGUAACCACAAGGAGAUCAGGCUUACCUUGUCUCUGCUUGAGAUGUGUAUGGAGAACUGUGGCCCAAGAUUCCAGUCUUUAGUUGUGAAGAAGGAUUUCUGCAAAGACAAGCUGGUGAAACUGCUGAACCCAAGAUACAACCUGCCCAUUGAUAUGCAGGAGAAAAUCCUGACCUUUAUCAUGGUUUGGGCACGAGGUUUUCAAGGCAUGGUGGAUGUGAGCGAAGUAAAAGAAGUUUACCUAGAAUUGCUGAAGAAAGGAGUGGAGUUUCCAUCCUCUGACAAUAGCAGUGGUGGAUCUAAGAUUUCACCCCGGCCUUGUGCAAAGUCAUCCCCAUCCUCUGCCAGUCCUGCCAAACGUUCCUUCCUGCCUCUUCCCACAGGCCCCACGCUGUUGUUGACUCCGGAGCAGAUUGGGAAACUGUACAGUGAACUGGAUAUGGCAAAAAUGAAUGUGAGAGUCAUGUCAUCAAUAUUGAAAGAAAAUGUUCCUGGCUCUGAAAAUCCGGAUGAUAUGAAUCUUUUACAGAAAUUGUACAAGACCUGUCGGAUGAUGCAGGAGAGGAUCAUGGAAUUGUUGGUGACAGUGGAGAAUGAAGAUGUGGUUGUUGAGCUAAUACAAGUAAAUGAAGAUCUGAAUAAUGUCCUCCUGGGACAUGAAAGGUUCUCACGGAACAGAGUUCGUUUCCUGGAGAACCAGAGGAUACAGCGGGAGCGGGAGGAGAUGUACAGGAAACAGCCAUCUGCUCCCUCAAGUGAUCUACUUGGCCUCUCCAUAGAUUCUCCAUCUUCUGUGUCUGCAGUGGUGCAAAGGGACCCUGCAGUGUCUCCUUCAGGAGAUGGCCUAUCCGCACACCCUGAAGACAAAACCAGGUCUCAUCCAUCAAUUUACCCACAGCUGGAUGCAGCAACUCCUAUAAAAGCUCAUCAGUCCCUAUUUGCUGCUGAAGCACAAAACAAUAGUUUAAGCAGCCCAGCUGGACACAUAUAUAGGAAUGUGAACACAUACAGCAAUCUGACGAGUCUUUUAAGCCCAGUGCCUCUGAACCCAAUAAAUGUGCAGGCUGGACAGACUGUGCCAUCAAAUGGACCAUCACCAGCAGCUACAUCAAAGAACAAGUCACAGUCACCUCAUUACUAUGAGAUAAUGGAAUUCGAUCCCUUGGCUCCCACUGAAGCUAUUUAUGAAGAAAUUGAUGUUGUGCUGAAGACAGAAGUUAAAAAGAACACAGACUGAAGGUGGAGGUGGAAUCCUUUCCUGAACACUCUCUAGUGCUGGUCCUGUGCAGUGCUUAAGUGAAUAACAGAAGAGGUUUUGCAUUUUGACACAGUAAUUAGUGUUGGAGUACUAAGCUGUGUGCAAGUAGAAGAGUUACUUGGCUCCACACCAUGACAAUUUGUCCUAAAUGUUCAGCUGUGUGUUCUCUAAGGUCACUUGCAUUGUUAUUUUAAAGUAUUUUGGGUGCCUGUAGAAUGUGACUUCCAAAUUUCACCUGUGAAUGAAGACUUGACACCUGCCACUUGUAAAAAAAGACACAUGACAUUCACAGAAGCUGCAGAAUCCAGUUUCUCUUUGGCCUCACCACUAUGUUCAUCUCCCUAGAAAUCUAUCAGGGCGUUUUGAGAUAUUUUUUCCCAAAAAAUUAAUCUGAAGUCUGAAGAUGUGCAGUGUUACUUGCCUACAUCCUUAAUACAGAUUUUCCUUUAUUAUUUUCUUCCUAAAAACCCACAGAAUAGUUGGAUUUUUGUCUUGGGAAGAACCUAAGCUGGGACACAAAGUGCUGUCAUCAGUAAUUAACAGAACAAGAAAAAACCUUGCUUGUUCCUAUGUUGUUGUUGUUGCUUUUCUUUACAGAGUAAGUAUUGGAGGGGGAUCAAUUGUUUCUUUCAAUAUUCCUGCCCUGCAGAGAUUCUUCUGGUGAAGGAAAAAUUAAUUAUCUACAAUGCAGAUGAGCAAUAGUUACCCAUUUACUUUAAUUAAGUUGUUUAAUCCUGUUAAUAACCGUUUUAUCUUUUAGUAAGUGCCUUAUCUAUUUUCAUGCUGAAUGUAAACUGUGCACUUUAACAGGUAUAGUUCUCUGAAUUUAUAGCUGAUACAAAAUUUGAGAACUUAGUUCAUGUUCAUACCAGAUAAGCUAUUUUUUUGUGAAAUAACUGCAUUUUAAACAUUCCUUAUGUUAACUGUUUAAGGAUAAGAAGUUCUCAGCUGCUUUUGCAAUUUUUAUAGCAUACAGUUCCAAAUAAAAGCAAAUGCUUACUGAGAAAGUAAA